UUCACUCACUGCUGUAAUACAUGGGCCCUUACAACUAGAUAAAAUCAUAUCAUGUAAUCAUCAUUUAAUAUUUUCCACUCUCUUUCUUCAAUCAAUAUUCCUUUCCCAACAUGUGAAUAACAGCAAAAACAAAGUUAAGGAGAACUGGUUUCAAUUCUUGCUCAAAAUGAGCCAGUGUGUUCCUAGUUGGGAAGUUGACGAAAAUCCACAAUCCCAUGCAAGAUCAGCCUCUCUUCGCUCCAACUCUAACUCAACUGCCCCUCAUGAUGUUCCCAUGUUGGACUAUGAUGUUGCAGAACUGACAUGGGAAAAUGGACAACUUUCUAUGCAUGGAUUAGGGUUACCAAGAGCGCCGGUUAAGCCUUUAACAACCGCGCCUUCCAAGGAAACAUGGGAAAAGCCUCGUGGUAGCGGCACCUUGGAGUCCAUAGUGAACCAAGCCACUAGCUUUCCACAUAACGGUAAACCACCGUUUCUCGCCGCGGGUGGCGGUGUUUGCGGGAACAACAUGUUAGUCCCGUGGCUUGACCCACAACGCGCUGCAGCCAUUGCUGCUGCUACAGCGACAACCAAUAGCAUGGUUGUGGAUGCGUUGGUUCCCUGCUCCAAUCUUAAAAAGGAGCAGAGACUCCAUGCACGCGAUCCAAUUCCUUUAAGAGGUAUUGGAUCGUGCAUGGUUGGUGGCCCCACGCCCGUGGGGUCUUGUAGCGCUGUCAGGGCUACAACGCAGGAGGAAGGCGGGAUCUUUGCCGGGGCAAAACGCGGAAGAGUGACACAUGUUGCGGGGAGCGGAAGGGAUCAGAGUAUGAGUAACAGCGCGACUUUUGGGAGGCAAAGCCAACAAGUGACGUUAGAUACAUAUGACAGGGAAUUUGGCAUGACUGGUUUCACUUCAACUUCAAUAGCAUCCAUGGAAAACACCAGCUCUGAUAAGCAGUGCACCAGAACCACAACCGUAGAUGACCAUGAUUCUGUUUGCCACAGUAGACCAACUAGGGAUGAUGCUGAAGAGGAUGAUAAAAAGAGAGAAAAUAGAAAAUCAUCGGUGUCCACUAAACGGAGCAGAGCUGCAGCUAUACACAACCAAUCUGAAAGGAAAAGGAGGGAUAAGAUAAACCAGAGAAUGAAGACAUUGCAAAAGUUGGUCCCAAAUUCCAGCAAGACGGAUAAAGCUUCCAUGUUGGAUGAGGUGAUAGAAUAUCUGAAACAAUUGCAAGCACAAGUGAACAUGGUGAAUAGAUUCAACAUGUCAUCUAUGAUGAUGCCGAUGACCAUGCAGCAACAACUUCAAAUGUCGAUGAUGAAUCCGAUGGGCAUGGGAAUGGGGCCGAUGGGCAUGGCUGGGAUGGGCAUGGGCAUGGGGAUGGGAAUGGGAAUGGAUAUGAACCCUAUGAAUCGAGCUAACAUCCCUGGAAUGCCUCAAGUUCUCCACCCUUCAGCAUUCAUGCAUAUGCCUGCAUGGGAUGCUGGCGCCGCUGCCACUGCCACCGACCGACUCCAAGGGCCUCCGGCAACGGGGAUGGCUGACCCUAUGUCAACAUUUUUUGGAUGCCAAUCACAGCCCAUGACAAUGGAGGCAUAUAGUAGGAUUGCUGCCAUGUAUCAGCAGAUGCAGCAACAACCUCCAGCAGCACCAGGUUCAAAGGCUUGAGCUACAAGUUAAUAUCUUGUUGGUGUUAAUUAGCACCAACAAGAAUAUAUAUAAUCUGUAUUUAUUUUUUUGUGAGAAACUAAAAUGUAUAUUAGUUCCAACAAAAGUUAUUAUGAGAAUAAAUAUACUGCCUUAUCUUGGGGUGUACCACUUAUAAAGACUAAUUUCAUGGCUU